GGUGUGUGAUGCUCUUUUUCACUGUUAUAGUGUGAUACGUGAAAGCUCGAGAAGAAAGGAAAGCCUCUCGCUAUCUCAUCAUAGCAUUCCUCAUCCUCUGCGUCUCAUACCCCUGAACUUCAAGAAAUGGCUGGAAAUGAUUCGCUCGCCGAAUUUCUUGCGUCUGCAGUCCAAGCUGCUCAGGAAGCUGGUGAGAUUAUUCGAAAAAGCUUCUACCAGACCAAAAAUGUGGAGCACAAAGGGCAGGUUGAUUUGGUCACAGAAACUGAUAAAGCAUGUGAAGAUCUCAUCUUUAAUCACCUGGGGAAGCUCUAUCCCACUCAUAAGUUCAUUGGGGAAGAGACUUCUGCUGUUUUAGGUGCUGCAGAACUUACUGAUGAACACACAUGGAUAGUUGAUCCUUUGGAUGGAACUACUAACUUUGUGCAUGGGUUUCCCUUUGUUUGUGUCUCCAUUGGUUUAACAAUCCAAAAAGUUCCUACAGUUGGUGUUGUUUACAACCCAAUACUUAAUGAGCUUUUCACUGCCAUUCGUGGAAGAGGUGCUUUUUUGAAUGGAAACCCUAUAAAAGCGUCAUCACAAACUGAACUAAUUAGCUCUCUCCUUGCAACUGAGAUUGGAACAAAACGUGACAAAGAAACAAUAGAUGUCUGUACUAACAGGAUUAAUACCUUACUUUUUAAGGUGAGAUCUGUACGAAUGGCUGGCUCCUGCGCCAUGAACCUCUGUGGAGUCGCCUGUGGAAGGCUAGAUGCGUGCUUUGAACUUGGCUUUGGUGGUCCUUGGGAUGUGGCUGGGGCUGCAGUCAUUGUCAGAGAAGCCGGGGCAGAAGUGUAUGAUCCGUCUGGUAAAGAUUUUGACUUAACAUCUCAGAGAGUAGCAGCUUCAAACCCUUACAUUAAGGACGCAUUUGUUGAGGUUCUAUGCCAAACAGGAUGUUAGUUAGGUGGUUGAAACUGAAAAUGGCCUUGUGACUUGGCUUAUGUUAGUUCAGUUUGUUCAAUUUCCUUUUUUUUUAAAAAAAAAAACUUUGAAGUUUUUUUUUUUUUUGAGCUCUCUUUAAAGGGGCACCAAAAUAUUAUACGAUAUUGAUGAGUGUCAUUUGGUUAAUGAUUCAGACUCUAGAAUUCUUCUAGUUGGAAAUUAUUUGGGAAGUGACAUUUAAGAAUCUAUAACUUCAAAUAUUGACAAUAAUAUUAAAAUUUAAAGAUUCUCUCCA